ACGCAGCUUCUUCAUCGCCAACCACCUUCUGCAAGAGAGCGACGGGGGCCGCCACAUCUCCGGCGACGCCAUCACCAACCCGGUUUUCGUCGUAGAAAUGAGCCUGGGCUAAUCCUAAUUGGGUCGGGCCUAGUUUAGCAGUGAACUUAUAUAUCUUCAAUAUAUAACGGCCAAAUCCUGACGGAGAGAUGCUGUCAUCGACGUGCUGCUACAACCUUAUACCUUACAGAACUCUCCUCCUUCCCCGCCGCCAUGGCGCUCAGUUUCACACCAAAUCCACUGCCCGAUCGCUCUUUCCUCGUCCUUCGAGACCUCCAGUCCAUCGCCCCCUCAAACAAUUCCAGCCGCCUCAAUUUGCCGCCGUCGACGGCAACGCCUACACCAAAAUUCUGGAUUCUUGCAUUCGUUUCAAACUGCUCGAAGACGGCAAAGAGAUCCAUCGCCGGAUCAUCAGUCACAGGUAUUUCGCCGGAAACUAUCCUCUUCUCGAAAAGAUUGUUCAGAUGUACAUAUCAUGCGGCGAGAUUGAGUCCGCCCGUCUUGCGUUCGACGAUUUGCCGCAACCAAGUGUCUUCCUGUGGAACGCCAUGAUCAGGGCUUACGCUUGGAAUGGGCCCUUUGGUCGUGCCGUUGAGCUAUACCAGAGAAUGCUCGAUACAGGAAUCGCGCCGAACAAGUUCACAUUUCCGUUUGUCUUGAAGGCUUGUUCGGCUCUGGAGGCGCUUGCGGAUGGAAUUCUGAUACACGAGCACGCCAAGAAGGCAGGGCUGGAACUGGAUGUGUAUGUGUCUACUGCUUUGCUCGACAUGUAUUUGAAAUGUGGCUGCUUAGAGGAUGCACACGAGGUGUUCUGCAGAAUGCCCCAAAAAGAUGUUGUUGCAUGGAACGCUUUGGUCUCUGGUUACGCACUGAAUGGGAGGUACCAAGAAGCAGUUCGUUGUCUUCUUCAAAUGCAACGGACAGGAAACAUACCGAACCCUUCCACAAUAGUGGCCCUCCUACCUAUCGUCGGCCAAGCGAAGGCCCUGAUACAAGGAAAAACUAUCCAUGCAUUCUGUAUCAGAAGACGCAUCGACAAAGACGAUGUUCUGGUUAAUACUGCAUUGCUGGACAUGUAUGGAAAAUCCGAGUGCUUGGUUCGUGCUCGUAGAAUAUUCGACAGCAUGAGCUUCAGGAACGAGGUGACAUGGAGUGCGAUGAUCGGAGGCUACACUCUGUGUGGCAGGAUGGCCGAGGCACUGCAACUUUUCAGGAUGAUGCUGCGCGAGGGAUCGCUCUUCGCGGGGCCAACCUCUCUCGCGAUCAUUCUGCGGGCUUGCGCAAACUUCUCUGAUUUCGAGAGCGGUCGACUAAUACAUAAUUACUUGGUGAAGUCUGGUCUUCUUCUGCACGUAACAGCAGCAAAUUCUCUGCUUUCAAUGUACGCUAAAGUCGGAACUGUCGAAGAUGCAAUUCGUUUCUUCGAUGAGAUGAGCGUAAAGGACACGGUGUCUUACAGUGCUAUAAUAUCGGGGUGCGUAAAAAAUGGGAACGCUGAAGAAGCUCUUGAUGUUUUCAGAGACAUGGCGUCGUCGUCUUCUUCCUGCAUCGACAUUGACGCUGCGACCAUGAUCGGUGUGAUUCCUGCUUGCUCUCACUUGGCUGCCCUGCAGCACGGGAAAUGCAGUCAUGCUUACAUAAUCUCUCACGGGCUCACCUCAGAUUCCUCCGUUUGCAAUGCUCUGAUAGACAUGUACGCGAAGUGCGGGCGAAUUGACGCGGCACGGAGAGUGUUCGAUACAAUGCCGAAGCGAGACACUGUCUCAUGGAACACCAUCAUCGCUGGCUACGGAAUCCAUGGGCUGGGUGAUGAAUCUGUCUCACUGUUCUUGAAGAUGGAGUCUGCAGGUUUAACGCCCGACGAUGUCACAUUCAUUUGCCUCUUAUCUGCUUGCAGUCAUUCGGGGCUCGUGAGCGAAGGGAAACGCUGGUUUCUCGCAAUGCAGGAGACGUACAAAAUUGUUCCCAGGAUGGAGCACUACAUCUGCAUGGUCGAUCUCCUGGGCCGCGGAGGCUUGUUGAACGAAGGCUACGGCUUCAUCGAACGAAUGCCUUUCGAGGCCGAUGUUCGUGUCUGGGGAGCCUUGCUCGGCGCUUGCCGAAUUCAUAAAAAUAUCGAGCUAGGGGAAGAAGUGUCAAGGAUGAUCCACAAGCUCGGGCCCGAAGGCACGGGGAGUUUUGUCGUCCUGUCUAACUUAUACAGCGCGACGGGGAGGUUCAGUGAGGCCGCACAAGUUAGAAUAGCUCAGAAGGCAAAGGGAUACGCUAAGAGUCCCGGAUGUAGUUGGGUAGAGAUUGCCGGUGUCGUGCAUGCUUUCGUAGGGGGUGACCGAUCGCAUCCACAAUCGUCGAGUAUCUACCGAAAGUUGGAGGAAUUGUUCGUCGAAAUGAGGAGGUUGGGAUACAGGGCCGACACGAGUUGCGCCCUGCACGACGUAGAGGAGGAGGAGAAAGAGCACGCCCUCGUUUACCACAGCGAGAAAUUAGCGGUUGCAUUUGCGCUUCUUCAAUCGGGAGAUCGUCAAACUAUCCUCAUUACGAAGAACCUGCGGGUGUGCGGAGAUUGCCACAAUGCAUUCAAGUACAUCGCCUUAGCUACGAACAGAACAAUUACUCUACGAGACGCUAACCGAUUCCACCAUUUCAAGGAGGGAGUGUGCAACUGUAGAGAUUUUUGGUAGUGAGAAAAGAAUGUCCUCUGAUUCCAAAUAUAUUUAUAAUAAAUAAUGUUUAAUUUAAAUGUGAAUUUAACAUGCCCAGCGACAAUAUUAAUUUCCAGAUUCCGUAAUCACCUAACGAUCCAUUAUUAAUUCGGACCGGUGCGAGUCAGGUUUGUUUGGCCGGUC